GUUAAAUUGCGAUUAAAUGAAAGUUGCGGCAACGAGAAUUAUUAUAAACAAGCUGAAGUAAAGGCGGAAAUCGUAAUGGCAAGUUAUUUUGGCGAAGUUGUAUACCCAUCUUCACGUGCGUUCUGGUUUAGUGAUGAGUUCGACGAAGAGGACCAGGAUAAUUCCGAAAACUCUUUCGAGUUUAAUGCCGAAUGGCCCAAAGGCUCACCAACAAGUAUCAAGACACUUUUGAUCAUCGAAGGGGAUAUGAUACUUGAUUUCUUCGAAACUUGCGUACUUCACGAUGCCAAAGAGGUUUGCAAAAUUCAUCAUGGGUCUGGGAAGCCAUCCUUCUUUUAUUCAAUUAGUGAAGAUUUAUAUAUUUGUUCAGUCAGUCCCGACGUAAAACUGCACCACACUGGUAUAUUCGUAGAUCAAAUCAGCAAUAUACUUACCACUGCCAAGGGAAUCAUCGCAGUGACUUGCAGUCACUCAUCUCAGUACAAAACUAUGGAAAAAAUAGAAGCUCCGUCCUUUCUCAGAUCACUUACUACUAAAGGGACAACGAGAUUAGAAAAAGUAGAUGCUCCCCGGAUAACGCAACCAAACAUUGUCAGUGGAGUAUGUGCCGGAGCUUUAUCCUUUGCAGACGCUAUUAAAAAACCUGCCACAUUAUACGUGUUAUAUGUUGAUGGAUUCUCUCUAGAUUCUAUUAGCGCUAAGCCAUUAAUAGACCUCUGCGUCGAAUUAAAAUGUUGUAGCCCUCACCAAACGACCGUUGCAACAAAUGUAUUCAAUAAAGGAAAUCUUUACAUAUAAA